AUGGUUAAGCAAGCCUUCGGCGCCGGCCAACAGGGCUCUCUCGCAGUCCCAAUCACAGCAGGUAUCGCCGCCCUCGGCGCAGGAGUCUUCUACAUGGGCCGCUCCAAGCCCGAAACCACCCCUGAGCAAGAUCGCAAAGGCCGCGCCGAGGCCAAAAAGGCAGAAGGUCUCAGCGGCGCAGGCAUUGGAGGCAAUGCCGUGACAGGAGGUCACGAGCUGAGCCACGCCAACUCUCGGCGCAAGGAGAACACUACAGCGCCUCUCGAGAAGCUCCCUAGCGGCGGAGUAGGAGGCGGCGUCGGUGGAGGUGGCUCCAAUGUGCGCACCUCGGUCGAGAUGACGGCCAAGGAGAACCCUGGCACGUCCAGUCCCUCCAAGUCAGGUAGUGGCUUCCUAGGCGGACUCUUUGGCACUGGUGGUUCCAAGACUGAUGGCGGAAAGGGACAGGAGCCUAAGGAUACACGCGUUGCUAGCAACCUCGACGGCACGCCUUCCAAGAAAGACACGACGCACCACGAUCAACAGCAGCCACGCGUUUCCAAGUCUGGUGGUGACGAUAGCAGAAAGAGCAGCGGCGGCGGUGGCGAUUCUGCUUCGCAAUCACUUCAGGGUGCUUUUGGACAGGGGGGAGGCAAUGUUGCUGAGAAGGGUGACCAGAGCCAAGGGUUCCGCGAUCCUAGGGUUGCGAGCAAUCAUACUGAAACGACGACUAAGAAGGGACCUAACUAA